AUGAGCAAUCACACACCAACCCCAAACCAGCUUUCCACGGCACUACCAGGACCCACAGCAUACCUUACAGGCCACGAUGAGAAGUCUGGCAAGGCCAUCAUCCACUCCAAACGACCCGUGCAAUGGGAAAGCUUCGAUGAGGACAAGCUCGGCAUGGCUGUUGCAUACACCACAUCCUUUCCACCAGACCUGAACCAGGACGUCGAUGUCAACCAGCAUGACGCAAAGAUGGYGAGCGGGAAGUUGGGUCUCGUAUCCGGCGGUGGAACGGUCCUGCGAUAUGUGGAUUUUGCUCCACAGUACGAGUGUAUGAUGCAUAGAACACAGUCUGUGGACUACGGUAUUGUGUUGGAAGGAGAAAUUGAAUCUGUCCUUGAUUCUGGGGAGACGCAGCUUAUGGGAAGAGGAGAUGUGAUGGUGCAGAGAGCUACGAUGCACGCUUGGCGUAAUUCUAGCAAGACGGAAUGGGCACGUAUGAUAUUUUGCUUGCAGGAUUCGAAGCCGCUGUUUGUGGCUGGGAAGCGGUUCGGAGAAGACCUUGGACGUGGAACUGAGGGACUGCCUCCGUCUGGGAAUGAUGCCUUGUGA